AUGGAUCAUCAGCAACACGACCGCUACGCCGGUAGCUAUAAUAGCCCCAACGCCCAACCCUACUCGGGCAACGUCUCCUCCAACAUCACACCUCCCCGAUCAGGAACGCCAAACACUGAAGGUGGUCCCAACCCCUUUGGCGAUACUCCCGAGCCUGUCGCCAACCAGCGCCUGGCCGCCACCACUGGCACCAACCCCUUUGUCAGCCCUGCCGUCUCGCGGCCUGCCUCCAGCUUUGGCUCCUCCAGCGCCAUUGGGCCGCGAUUUGAAGAGCGCGCCCAGCGCUACUUCCACUCGCGCCGCGUGGCCAAGGGUGACGUUGAGAAGCCCUGGCUGGAGAAAAAGGACAAGAAGGAGAAAUGGGUCACCAUUAUUCCCGUGAUUGGCAUCCUCGUUGGUCUCGGAAUCUCUGGCUUCCUAGUCUGGGAUGGUCUCCGCAGUGUCAUCCACCACAAGUACUGCCCGCUCAUCGAUGACAACUUCGACAAUGGCUUCGACAGCAACAUCUGGUCCAAAGAGGUCCAGGUCGGUGGAUUUGGUAACGGCGAGUUUGAAAUGACGACUCCUGGUGACGAAAAUGUCUACGUUGACGGCGGCAACCUCGUAAUCAAGGCCACCCUCCAGGAUGCCGACAAGAUGGAAAAGACCACGACCAUUGAUCUCCUCAAGGAUGGCACCUGUACCUCAACCAACUUUUACGACUGUGUGGCCGUCACCAACACGACGGCCGGCAACUCGAGCGUGGUCCCACCCGUCAAGUCUGGUCGCAUCACCACCAAGAAGGGCGCCACCCUCAAGUAUGGUCGUGUUGAGGUCACGGCCAAGCUCCCUCAAGGCGACUGGUUGUGGCCUGCCAUUUGGAUGAUGCCAGUCAAGGACACGUACGGACCGUGGCCUGCUUCGGGCGAGAUCGACAUUAUGGAGUCGCGCGGCAACAACUGGACGUAUGCGCAAGGUGGCAACAACAUUGUCUCGUCGGCCCUGCACUGGGGCCCUGAUCCUGCCAACGACGCCUGGUGGAAGACGAACAACAAGCACAAGAUUCUUCGGGGCAACUUUGGCGACGACUUCAACACAUUUGGUAUGGAGUGGUCGCAAAAGUACAUUUUUACCUACGUCAACACGCGACUGAUGCAGGUGCUCUACACCAACUUCAACAAGCCCAUGUGGCAGCGCGGGGCUUUCCCUCAGACGACGGGCAACGGCACGCGCCUGGCCGACGUUUGGAGCCAGACGGGGCGCAAGAACACGCCAUUUGACCAAGACUUUUACCUCAUCAUCAACCUGGCUGUGGGUGGCACCAACGGUUGGUUUGAGGACAACAAAUCGCUCAAACCGUGGGUCAAUGGCUCUCCCAACUCUAAGAAGGACUUUUGGAAUGCCCGCGAGGACUGGCAAGCGACGUGGAAGCAGCCUCAGAUGGAGAUUAAGCGGGUGCUGAUGCUGAAGCAGUGCGACGGUAACGAGGAGCUGUAA